ACAAAAAAUUGCCGCGAAAUCUUCUCCGACAAACCCGCAGCUGAAGUGGCGAAUGAAGGUUUUACUUAAAAAGCAUUAAGAGCGUGUUUGUCGUUAGACUUAACAAAUCACAGUGUUUGUCCUUGUAUCGUGUCGCCGACAUGGACGAAUAUGACGAACUGUUCGAGACAGAGGACGACUUCGAGGAGCAGUUCGCCGACGAGCUGGAAGUUUUGGCUCAGAUGGAAGAGGACUCUUCCAAGCCGGGAAAACGUCAGAGUCGGGGUCCAGGAGACGACAUUUCAGACAUAGAGCACCUGCUGGAUGAUCAGCCCAUCACUCCAAAGGCAAAGCGGCAGAAGCAGGACGCAGGUGUGGCCAAGCGACUUUUCAGCUCGUCACAAACUCAAGAGAGCAAAGCUCCAGCGCAGAAUGCUGAGAUCACACCUCCGUCCUCUCCUGAGCAAUACGAACCCUCUCACACCUUCAGGUCUACUCCUGCUGUGUUGGAUAUCAGUGGCUUUGCUACGAUCCCAGAGACGCCCGGGCGACCUCCCACAACGGCGCCGGCAUCACUGCAUGUGCUGAAGCGACCUCCUUUAGAGGGAGAGUUCAUCAGUGUGACAGACUCAUCAGGGAGUCGGGUCUACCUCAGGCAGAAAGAAGACACAGCCGCAAAGGUGGUGGAGUCCAGAGUAGUACCAAACUCCCAGGGUACACUGGGGCUGCUGGCAGUGCCAAUAAGUGUGAUGAGAGAACAAGAAGCAGAGAGGCGUCAUCAGCAGGUUGUGGAGGAAUCUCAGCGCCUCACAGAGCUGCUGGCCAGCAGUGUGAGCAAUGUGUUUACUGAGCCUGUAAAUGGAGAAGAUGAAGAGAAUGAUGAUCCCGAAGACGCAGAGGGCCAAACCUCACGUCUCUGGGUGGACAGAUUUUCUCCCCGACACUACACAGAGCUUCUCAGUGACGAUUUUACCAACCGCUGUCUGCUCAAGUGGUUGAAACUUUGGGACACUGUUGUGUUCGGAAGAGAGAGGAAGUCUCGCUCUGCCCGGUCUGACAGACAGGCUUCCAACCAGCACUCAUCCAAACCAAAUCAGGGCAACCAGAAUCCAAAUCGCUUCAAGAGCAAGAUUGAGAUGACUGAGGAGCUUCUGGAGGCUGAACUGGACCAGUACAAAAGACCCAAAUUCAAGGUGGCAUUGUUGUCUGGUCCUCCGGGUUUGGGGAAGACCACCCUGGCUCAUGUUAUUGCCAAGCAUGCUGGGUACAAUGUGGUGGAAAUCAAUGCAAGUGAUGACCGCAGUGCAGAGGUCUUCCAGAAACGCAUCGACACAGCAACGCAGAUGAAGUCGGUGUUGGGAGCCAACGAGAAACCAAACUGCCUCAUUAUUGAUGAGAUCGAUGGAGCACCUGCGGCUGCCAUCAACAUUCUGUUAGCAACUCUGAACAGGAAAGACGGACAUGGCGGGGAGGCCGGCACAGAGACCACAAAGAAGAAAAAGAAGAAGGAGUCCAUCCUGCUUCGACCAAUCGUCUGCAUCUGUAAUGACCUCUAUGUUCCGGCUCUCAGACCUCUCAGGCAGCAGGCCUUCCUCCUGGCUUUCCCUCAGACUCAGCCUUCCCGCCUCACACAGAGACUGGCAGAGAUUUCAGUCCAGCAGGGGAUGAAGACAGACACAGGCAGCCUGAUGUUACUGUGCGAGAAGACGGACAACGACAUCAGGUCGUGUAUCAACACACUACAGUUCCUCCACGGUCGCGGCCACAAGCAGCUGAACACCAAGACAAUCCAGUGUGUCUCUGUGGGACAGAAGGACCAGAACAAAGGCUUGUUCCAUCUGUGGCAGGAGAUCUUCCAGUUACCACGUACAAAACGGAAACGUAUUGGUGAGGGGUUUGAGGAGGCACCGGGCUCAGGAGGUGGAGCUCAGAGGUUUCAGCACGUUCUACACUUGGCUUCAUCUAGUGGAGAGUAUGAAAAGGUUUCUCAGGGUCUGUAUGAUAAUUAUCUGUCCAUGCGUGUGAGGGACCCCAACCUGCAGAGUGUGUGCGAGGCUCUGGAGUGGCUGGCGUUCUCAGACAGGCUGAACCAAGUGAUUAUGCACGGCCAGAACUUCUCCCUGAUGAAAUACCUGCCCUUCCUGUCCGUCACGUUCCACUUCUUGUUUGCCCACUCACACGUUCCCCGCAUCAGCUAUCCCCACAGCCAGCAUGAGGCCACCUCCCGUCUCCUCAGCAGCAGGAACGCCUUAUCCUCCAUGUUGGCAGAUAUCCCAGCAAGCAUCAGAACCAGGAUCAGCCAGCACAUCCUGACCUUGGAUAUUCUCACACUGCUCCUCGACAUCAUCUGUCCCAAACUACGGCCUGUGAAUCCACAGCUGUUCAGCAGCAGAGAGAAGGAGCAGAUGCGUGAGCUGAUUGACACCAUGCUGGCCUACAACCUCUCCUACAGGCAGGACCGCACACCGGAGGGACAGUACACAUACGUGCUUGAGCCGCGUGUGGAGGAGGUGGUGAGGUUUACAGGCCUGCCCCCGCAUCGCCAGCUGACAUACCAGGCCAAGCAAACAAUCAGCAGAGAGAUGGAGCAAGAGAGGAUGAGGAGAGCUGAGCAACUGAUGCUGCAGCGAAACCCUGCAGCGAAAGAGGAAGAAAAAAAGGGCGCUGGCCCGAAACCAACCAGGAACCAUCAGCAGAGGCUGGAGAACAUUGUCAAACAGACCACAGUGGAGACCAGGCCGGAGGUGGACUUCUUCGGCCGAGCUGUUGCCCCCAAACCUCAGAGACCGCAGCCGUCCUCAGACACAGGCGAGAAGUGUGCGGUUCUUGCUAUGGGGACGGCAGUGGGCAACAGUGACGUGUGGUUCCGGUUCAACGAGGGCAUGUCCAACGCUGUCAGGCGAAAUGUCUACAUCAGAGAACUACUGUAACACACACAUACACACACACACACACACACACACACAUAACUGCCUCAUUUUCAGCUGUGUAUCUUUUUAUAUCUCGUGUUUCUUUGUAAGCGUCUGAUUCAAAUCAAUCCAAAGUCCAUCAGUUAAAUUCAAAACAGUCUUUAUUUUGAUUGACAGUGUAAAGAGCCAAUAAAAACAUUGUG